AUGACGGUCUCCCAUCAACAGGAAAGUCCAGCAGAAGAGUCAGCAUCGAGUAGUUCGAAAGUCACUAGCAUCUCCAAGAGGAUGGAACAGGAGAUGGUCGUGGACAAGGACAAGGUUUCCGCCAAAGAAGACGAUAGUGGUAUCACGAGCAAUACCAGCACGAACGGCGAGACCAUGAUCAGCACGAACGGAGAGGCCGCUCCUUCUGCGAAGGAACAGAUCGCAGACACAGCGGCAAUACCGUCCGUCGCCGAACAGACGGACUCGUUGGAACAAGAAGCACAACAACAAUCAUCAUCACCCCACAACAAUACAUCUAGUAGUAGUAGUAGUUCGCAACAGCACGAAGGAUCGGACGACGAACACGAUGAAGAGUUCCACUCGAAAUUUCUGACAUGGUACAACCCCAUUCGAUACCGAUGCGGUCUCAUUGUCAAUGAUGAACGAUUCCAGUUCUUUAUUGUCUUUCUCAUCAUGCUCAAUGCACUCCUCAUGGGACUCGCCACCUACGACUUUGUCGAAAAAAAUCCAAAAGUUCAAAAAGCAUUCGAGUUGACCGACACGAUAUUCUUGAUUGUCUUUACCAUUGAAUGUGCACUCCAACUGGGAUACCACGGCUAUCAAGUCUUUUACGAUGGAUGGUUGACAUUUGAUUUGGUUGUGGUCCUCAUGAGUUGGAGUCUCGAUCAAGUCCAGGUCUUUCGUGCGGUCAGAAUUUUCAGGGCAUUUCGACUGGUGGCCCGACUGUCGGUAUUGAAAGACCUGGUCAAUGCCAUUGUCGCCGUCUUGCCCCGAAUUGGAUCCAUCAUGAUGCUAUUUAGUCUGGUACUCUACGUUUAUGCCGUCCUAUGCACCAUCCUUUUUGGAACACAUCAAUACGGAGAAGACAAUGUCGACUAUUUCGGACGACUCGACUAUGCACUCUUUACGCUAUUCCAGUUUGUCACACUCGAAAAUUGGGGAGAGAUUUCCAGAGAAGUCAUGGCCAUUUAUCCAUGGGCGGCACACAUUUUCCUUUCCUUUCUCAUGGUAUCAUCCUUUAUUCUCUACAGUCUCGUCGUGGCUGUCGUCUGUGAUGCGGUGGCUGUAGUGGAGCACCCGGACAUUGCAUUGAAAAAAUUCGAGGACAGAAUGAUCAAGGAAAAGAAAGAAACCAAAAAUCGAGUGAAACGGCUCAGAGACCACCUUGGGGACUUGUCGCAACAACAAAUGGAAAUGCUCACUGCCACUCAAAAUAGAUUGAUGGCGUUGGACACGUUCCGAAAAGAUGCCGAGGAAAGUCGGGUCUUGUAG